GGAUAUGUAUAUAUGUAUUACCAAUCAUGUGUUUAGGAAUAGGGGCUGUCAAUAGUGGGUUUUAGCGCACAGGGUAGGUUAAAGUUCACAGCGCGCAUACGGAGAGUUGAGGUUUGUUGCAGUCUCAAAUCUAUCCAUUCCAGAGCAGGAUACAUCGCUGGCCCAGUUCAAUAUAUUAUUUCGCUGUGGAUUCUGGGAGUUGAAGACACUGUCAAAGCUUGUUGUAGCCUUCCGAGUGUUGACAGAAGACACACUGCUGUUCCCCUUUUCUAACCUCACACGGGUAGCGACACCAUGUCCAGCCGAGGAGGGAAAAAGAAGGCCACCAAGAUGUCCAGGUCGACGAAGGCCGGAGUCAUCUUCCCCGUGGGGCGAAUGCUGCGAUACAUCAAGAAGGGUCUGCCCAAGUACAGGGUCGGUGUGGGUGCCCCAGUCUACAUGGCCGCUGUUCUGGAGUACCUCACUGCUGAAAUCCUGGAGCUGGCGGGCAACGCAGCCAGGGACAAUAAGAAAGGACGUGUCACACCACGACACAUCCUUCUAGCCAUCGCCAACGACGAGGAGCUCAACCAGCUGCUGAAAGGUGUGACCAUCGCAGCCGGAGGAGUCUUACCCAACAUCCACCCUGAGCUGCUAGCUAAGAAGAGGGGGUCAAAGGGCAAGCUGGAGGCUGUCAUCACGCCUCCUCCCGCCAUUAAGAAAUCCAAGAUGUCUGCCUCCAAGAAAUCAGCCAAAAAGGCAGCUGCAGGGAAAAGAGCCAAAGCUAAGCAGAAACAGGGAGAGGUGAGCAAAGCUGCCUCGGCAGACAGCACCACGGAAGGAACACCUGCGGACGGAUUCACUGUCCUCUCCACCAAGAGUCUUUUCCUGGGUCAGAAGUUGCAAGUUGUGCAAGCCGACAUUUCCACCAUUGACAGCGAGGCUGUUGUUCACCCGACCAAUUCCACCCUCUACACUGGUGGUGAAGUAGGUAAUAUAGAACCCUCCCUCAUCACCAUGGGUACAACGUGUUACCGUGCCGACACCUGUGGUGCUCUGGAGAAGAAGGGAGGGGAGGAUUUUGUGGACGCCAUGUUGGAGUUACGGAAGAAGAACGGUCCCCUGGAAGUGGCUGGAGCGGUGCUGUCCUCUGGCUAUGGGCUUCCUGCCAAGUUCGUGAUCCACUGCAACAGUCCAGGCUGGGGUUCGGAGAAGUGUGAGGAGCUGCUGGACCAGACCGUGAAGAACUGCCUGGUCCUGGCCGACGAGAAGAAGCUCAAGUCUGUGGCCUUCCCUUCCAUUGGCAGUGGAAGGAAUGGCUUCCCGAAGCAGACGGCUGCCCAGCUCAUUCUCAAAGCCAUCUCCAGCUACUUUGUGGCCACCAUGUCUUCUUCCAUCAAGACGGUCUACUUCGUGCUGUUCGACAGCGAGAGCAUAGGGAUCUAUGUGCAGGAGAUGGCCAAGCUUGAAUCAAACUAAGCCCCCCCACCCACCCAAUUGCAUUACUACAGGCUUGUUUAGAAUUUUAUUUAGAGAGAAAAAUUAAAGAUGUUUACCGGUGAUUUUUUUUGUAAAAAGAGAGAAAAAACACACACACAAAAAAAAAACUACUUUAUUGAAAGGAAAUUAAUUCCGUUCUGUUUUAUUUGUUGAGAUGGAUCGUUGGAGUUCAGAUAGUAAUGUGUCCCUGGUGGUGUCAGACUUGGGUCGCGGCUCAGAAGGGUGAAACGUUCUGAAUGUUGUCUUCUUCUCUUCUCUCUUGAUUCCCUAAUUGUACGUGACACAGUCUCUGUUCUGUGGUGUUUCCGCUGAGCAAUGCCCUGGUCCAAUCAGGACAGUGGUACUGAGCAAUGCCCUGGUCCAAUCAGGACGGUGGUACUGAGCAAUGCCCUGGUCCAAUCAGGACGGUGGUACUGAGCAAUGCCCUGGUCCAAUCAGGACGGUGGUACUGAGCAAUGCCCUGGUCCAAUCAGGACGGUGGUACUGAGCAAUGCCCUGGUCCAAUCAGGACGGUGGUACUGAGCAAUGCCCUGGUCCAAUCAGGACGGUGGUACUUAAGUAAAUAAAACUGAACGAGUUGCAUUCCAAGUGUUGCAGUACUGUGGUUUUGUUGUUGUGAGAUUUGUCUCAAUUUGUCUUUUUUUUAUUUUAUUGUAACAUAACCUUUUUAUGUUUACGAUGUAUUAUCAGUGAUGUACUAGAUGGAGUGAAAUGUUUUAGUAAAAUAUAUUAGACAGUGACGAGGUUUUCCUUUUUUUUUUUUCUUAAAAAAAUUAAAAUCAGGUUUUGUUUUUAUUCUGAUUUUCACUUUGCCAACUCUAAAAGAAACGUAUUUGAAAAGAAAAGUGAUUUUGGGUUUUUAUUCAGUUAUACAGCUAUUUUGUUUUGAGGAGUUGAAAGAAGUUGUACAGGCUUUUGCUCACAGGCAAUUAGUCCUCUCUCUGCUCACAGGCAAUUAGUCCUCUCUCUGCUCACAGGCAAUUAGUCCCCUCUGCUCACAGGCAAUUAGUCCUCUCUCUGCUCACAGGCAAUUAGUCCUCUCUCUGCUCACAGGCAAUUAGUCCUCUCUCUGCUCACAGGCAAUUAGUCCUCUCUCUGCUCACAGGCAAUUAGUCCUCUCUCUGCUCACAGGCAAUUAGUCCUCUCUCUGCUCAUAGGCAAUUAGUCCUCCCUCUGCUCACAGGCAAUUAGUCCCCUCUGCUCACAGGCAAUUAGUCCUCUCUCUGCUCACAGGCAAUUAGUCCUCUCUCUGCUCACAGGCAAUUAGUCCUCUCUCUGCUCACAGGCAAUUAGUCCUCUCUCUGCUCAUAGGCAAUUAGUCCUCUCUCUGCUUAUAGGCAAUUAGUCCUCUCUCUGCUCACAGGCAAUUAGUCCUCUCUCUGCUCACAGGCAAUUAGUCCUCUCUCUGCUCACAGGCAAUUAGUCCUCUCUCUGCUCACAGGCAAUUAGUCCCCUCUCUGCUCAUAGGCAAUUAGUCCUCUCUCUGCUCACAGGCAAUUAGUCCUCUCACUGCUCACAGGCAAUUAGUCCCCUCUCUGCUUAUAUGCAAUAAGUCCUCUCUGCUCACAGGCAAUUAGUCCCCUCUCUGCUCACAGGCAAUUAGUCCUCUCUCUGCUCACAGGCAAUUAGUCCUCUCUCUGCUCACAGGCAAUUAGUCCUCUCUCUGCUCACAGGCAAUUAGUCCCCUCUCUGCUCACAGGCAAUUAGUCCCCUCUCUGCUCACAGGCAAUUAGUCCCCUCUCUGCUCACAGGCAAUUAGUCCCCUCUCUGCUCACAGGCAAUUAGUCCUCUCUGCUCACAGGCAAUUAGUCCUCUCUCACCAGUAGAUGGCUCCCUAUCGUCAGGAGUGAGGUCUUUCACUGAGCCAUUUUGUGCUGGAAAGACCUCUGUUUCAUUACGCCGUCUGAAAUGAAGUGUCUGAUGGGUGGAUCAGAAUGGAUGUUGCACUAGCUAAUUGCUGUAAGCACUGUGUUUUGGAGUUUUCCAUAUCUUUCUAAUGAUGACUUGAAGAAGAAAAGCCUUCUUUAAUAUUGCUAAACAUGAGAAUACAGGACUGUCCAAUAAAGUAUAUUGAAAACA